AUGAGGAAAAGAGUAUCCUCUUAUAAAGAGUUUAUGAUCCAAGUGAAGCAUGGGACUCCCUUUACAGCUCUAGCAAGGAAACUUGUUGUUGCUGCAGGACCAUGGGAACGGAUAUGUGCUGGGAAUCCUAACAAUGCAUUAAGGGGCUGUGACAAACUUGGCUGUGGACAUUAUAAUGCUUCAAGAGAUAGACAUGUAAGGCACAAAGGGGUGGACGUCGUAUGCAGCGAUGGAUCAACAGUGUAUGCUCCUUUCAGCGUCAUGAUUGACAGACGAGUUAACCCCUUCAGCCCUGGAAAGAAUAAACCCAUUAAUAAUGGCAUCCAACUUCGUGGUUCUGGUUUCUGCAUCCAAAUGUUGUUCUUCAGGCCUGUUAAAUACAGAGGUCGGAUUUUCAAGAGACAAAAAAUUGGAGUUCUGCUGCCAAUGCAAAGCGUUUAUCCUGGUAUAACAUCUCUUGUUCAUGUCCAGAACUGUGACCGCUCUGAUCCCACCUACCAGUUACAACCGACCUCAAAAGAGAUAAAAAAGAAAGACCACACUGCAAAAGAAUGGAGCAUGUUUCUUUCUUACUCCCAUAACUAUAUAGACUUGAAGAACAAUCUCCUUCAUGCUCCUAGUAAACAAGAAUGUAAUUACAUAGACUUGAAGAACAAUUUCUUUCAUGCUCCUAGUAAACAAGAAUUUGCUGCAGGACCAUGGGGAAUGAUAUGUGCUGGGAAUCCAAAGAACAAACCAAGGCGCUGUGACAGGCUAGGCUGUGGACAUUAUGGAGCUCCAAGACUUGGAGGAAGAAAGCACCGUGGUGUGGAUGUAAUUUGCAGAGAUGGAUCAACGGUAUAUGCACCCUUCAGUGGCACAAUUGGGGGACAAGUUAAACCCUACAGAAAGAAUAAUGCCAUUAAUAAUGGUCUUCUCCUCCGAGGAUCAGGUUUCUGCAUCCAUAUUUUCUACAUCAGGCCAGUUAAAUACAGAGGUCGGAUCAGGAAGGGACAAAAAAUUGGAGUAAUGCUCCCAAUGCAAAGAGUAUAUCGUGGUAUAACCUCUCAUGUUCACGUUCAGAAUUGUAACCUCUCCGAUCCCACUCGCAAUUUAUAAACGGAAAGGUAUAAAAUCCCAGUUAAAAAAAUUACGCAUGCAAACAAAAGCAAGCUUCUGCCACUUCACCUCAAAUAGGCUAGAUUAAAAAAAAAUGUAGUCCCUGGGAAAUGAAAAGAGGUUUUACACAUACAGCAACACAGAAAUGCAUGUGUCAGUCACUGUAUCUAAAUGCCUCACUAUCAGAUCAGCAUCCUGGAGCUUAUUUACCAAGACAUUGUAAUCUCAUGCGCCGCAAUAAACCA